CACACAUGGGCGCCUAACUCCCACUUGUUGCCAGGCAGAUUCUGCCUGUGACGUGUCGGAGCGUUCAGAUUGUUUGUUGAUACAUUGUAGCAAGCCUGUGCGGACGUGCUGCUUGGCCUCCAUUGUGACGUCACCAGCGCAGCUGCCUGUCACUGGCUCCGCCCUCUCCUUGUUUACUCUUGUGGUUCUGGCUUGGAAAUUUUAGAGCAUCCAGUGUAGCAGGAUAGUCUGUGUCAGGCACAUCCACAGCGGCCACAUCUCUAACCUAAAGGCCCUUCCAUAUCCCAGCUCGUCUUUUCCUGGUCCCAGACAAGACCUAGGCGGGGCUUAGUGACUUUUAGGGAGUGGAAGAAGAGAAUAACCCAAACAAUUCAAUCACUUCGCAACACCCCUCCUCCUCUUGCCAUAAGUAUCAUCAUCAACAACAGGACCGCCCUCUACCCUGCUAGGAAAACAGGGGAUCCAGCUGUGGGCUACAGAGCUAGGGGGAAAAUCCUGUCCUGAACCUCCAUGUUUUAAUUUUGGGGUUCAUUUCAGCUUUCUUUGUACUCUACAGCCUGUUGGAGGCUCAGUUUGGUUAAAAACAGAGUGGAUUCCCUGUAGAGAGAGUAAAAAAAAAAUAAAAAAAAAAAGAGUCUGAUUGUACAAAAGAAGAGUCGAGUAACUCGAAUGUUUAUUGCUGAAAAUCUAUUUGAAAAAGAAGAAAGCAUCGAUUGGUUUUAUGUUGGAGCUUCCUAUUUAAAGUUUAAAUCACGCACACUGAAGGGGUACAAUGAAGACUGAGAUCUCGACAGCCGCUUCUUUUGUCACCAAGCUGCUCAAAACAAGUGGAGUCAUAGAAGAGGGCCAACUGCAGCAGUUCUGCCAGUCACUGCAGGAGUCAAUGAAAGGUGAGGAGGUUUUCGAGGAUUUGGUGAUAAUAGUAUGCAUCCUAUUUAAUAUAUUCAUACUAUUGCAGAGAUGGAUGGGGUUGGCCAUGCAGCUGUUUAAACUACACGUUCUAUGAUGCACAGCCUGCCUUGAGGCUGGCUGAGCAUUAUGGGGAAGGUAGUUCAUAAAUAGCUGGUGUGUAUAGUUUAGCACAGUGUUAGCGUAGUGGAUUAUAUGAUUACCACAUUAAAAUAUAUUAAUUUAUAUUUAGUAAUGUUUGAUUUAAAACGUUUAAAUUACAUUUUAUACAAAUAUUAUUUUAAUAACUGUAGGGAACGUUUAUUAUUAUUAUUAUUAUUAUUAUGUAAUAAAGAGGUAGUUGGUGCAAGGGAUGCUCACCCUGCGUUGGAGAGAGGGCAAGCUUGAUGUUUCCAUAAUAUGAACUUUAAAUUGUGUAAAAAAUAAUAUAUCCAAUUGUUAAUACGCUAUAGAUCAGUUUCCAUCUAAUAUGUACAUGAUUUCUGUUUCUUGUUCAUGAAAACAACAUUCUUUGUUCAUUGGUGUAUGGGGGAUGGGACCCAGCAAGCAUUAUUAUGCCAUAUGUUAUGAGGACGCUGUAGCAGUUGAGUAGUAACUCUUAAUAAGAAGUCAGUAAAGGUUUGUAGUACUAAUUAUAAUAUCAGUCAUAUAUGUAUUAUAUAUUAGUUGCAAUAAGUAGCAUCACUUUACUUCAUUAGAUUCUGAAAAAGAAAACUCCCAAACUAGAAAACAUUAAUGGGUUCAGUCACAAAACAUUGAUGUUUAGUUUGUUCUCUAGUUAAUAACAAUUAGUUUAUUUAGAAAAUAACCCUGGCACUGUAUUAUAUACAGAUAUAUUCACUAAAUCAUCGACUGAGGACAUUUGAAAAUGCAAUUGCAAAUGUUGUCCAGAUUAGCUGGAUAAGUAAAAAAAACAAACAGAACUCUAUUUCCUUCUUCAUGCCGCGAAUUAACCCAACAGAUUUUAUUUUUAAGGAUUAAGAUGUAAACACGAGAUACAUGGAUCACUCUGUUGCUGAGGACCUAGUUCGAGUUAUGGCCCCAUAGACAACAAGUCCCUUACAUUUCUUUCAGGGUUGGCAUACUAAUGCUGUGUGUGCAAAAGACACUGGUUCCUUUGAUGGGAAGAAAGAGCGGGCAAUGUGUUUUAUAACCAUCCAUUGUAGAUUUUAAUGUGGUCGAUGUUUGAAGAUGUGUUUUGAAAUUAAUAACUCCUAAAAUGUUUCUCUUUUCUUCGUCCUGCCCCUUUUUUACUCCAAUGCCCUGUUGUCUCCAUCUCUACACUCCCUCACCCCACUCCCACUUCCCCUCUUUGUUUGCAACAGAUCAUUACAAACACCACUGGUUUCCCCAGAUCCCUUUCAAGGGUUCAGGAUAUCGCUGUUUGAGGAUCAACCACAAAAUGGACCCACUAAUUGGCCGUGCAGCAGGUCACAUUGGGCUCAGCCACAAAAGACUGUUCCAGCUUCUUCCCAGCGAACUCACACUUUGGGUUGACCCAUUUGAAGUUUCAUAUCGUAUUGGGGAAGACGGGUCAAUCUGUGUACUCUACGAAGGACCAUCUGCAAGCAAGUCACUGGAAAACCAUGCCAGUUGUAAAGAAGCACUUAGAAUUGGUCAAAAUAGUCCAUCGAAAAAUUGUAAUUUGAUGACUGUUUCUAGUUAACAAUUCUCACAAAGCCCCAAAGUUAAUAGUAAAGUUAAGUGUGUAUCCCAUUUGAGUCUCCGAUUUCAUUAUGAAUUAAGAUGACAUUAAAUGUCUCAUCGUCAACACAUAGACAUUAAAAUUGUAUUACUGCCAAAUUUCCCCAUUCUUAUUGCAAAAGGUGAGUGCAAUGCAUCCUUUUGGGGUUCAAAAGCACUUACUGUCAUUGUUUAUCCUUUUUUUGCUCUUCUCUAUGGAAUUGUACAAUGUAAAUGAAAUCUCAAAGUGAAAGAGAAUUUAUAUUUUGGGAUAAUCAGUGACACUUUUUAAUAAAGCCAAAGUUUACUUUUCAUCUGGUAUGUUCUAUGGGUCCAAGGGAAGAUAUUUUUGUGAAAGCUCACUGACUUCCAGCAUAUCAUCUCCUCCUGGUAAAAACAACAAUAACAUUAUAAUUAAUACUUUGUAUGAACCCAUUAGUGAAAAACAGCAACAGAGGUAGACAUUUUAUAAACCAAAUUGCAAGCUGUAAAAAAUUUUCAUACUUUUGCGUAAAAAAAUUGCCUUAGUCAUGGAGAAAUAACAAGAAAUUUUAACCCAAAAUAAGUGAGUUGGAACAAUUCUUCAACUAUAUUUAAUUUCCAGAUCUGCUAUUGUGCCCAAAUUGUUUAAUUCCAUUGUCAGUUCUCCGCAAUCAUCAGUACAGUGAAUAAACAUCAGUAAAAAAAAAACCAAACAACAAAAUAUUACUCUGCUCAUCCUUAUUACAGCUGGCCCCAAGUGUAAUAAGCUUAAUGUGGUCAAUUCGCUGAAUGCUGAUUAUCCUUCUUUUAUUUUUCUAGCUCAAUUCUACAACAUUCUGUUAAUGAAAUUCCAUAGUGGUUUUCAGCAUUUUCUGUCUACCGACUGCUAACUGAAUGGAUCCUAACUCUUUUCGAAUGGAUGUCAUUACUGUAGAGGGAGUCAUUUGAAAAUAGCUCAACCAAACUAUAGCUUAAUGCCAUCAAAUUUCCAUUUAACAUAUAGCCAGCAAUUGGGUUGAUUUCAACAGCAGCAAAAUGGAAGGAUGAAUUGGGUUAAGGUUCCUGAAUUUUACUUUUGCGAAUAGCCGAAUUGUGACAAGUGAAGAGUAUUUAGUUGCCAUCUAUGCAUCAAGUGAACAGACCCCAAUGCAAAUUACAUUCUUCGUAGGGAUAUCAGGUGUAAGCUUACCUACAACAUCAAGGUGCAUUGUCAAUACGUUAUAUGCUUCUGCCCCAAUUUUUUUUUUUUUUUAAAGUGUUGGUUGUUAGUAGCUUCACAUAUAAGUACUCUUAUUUUCAACAAAUAUAAAGGGGAUACAAUUGUUUUAACUACCAUUUUCUAUCGUAUGUUCUCCUUCGGCGCUGCUUCUCCACCUCCACCGCCAAUGUCCAAUGAAAUACUCCUCAAAGAGGGGCACUGGGGACAGGCUUUGCAUGUGUGGCAAAUACUACGUGCACAUCCCUGCUUCCCCAUAGGAAUGCGUCGAAUCAAUGCUUUUCUAUGGGGACUUUCUCAGUACGUGACCUAUGACAGCCACUAGAGGAGGCUAUAACUCUGGAAUGUUAACAUUGCCAUUUCUUAAAAAGCGUUUUACAUCGCAAGGUUACAAGGACAGGGCCACUGUACCCAGACCACUUCAAUGAAAUGAAGUAGUUCGGGUGGCUUUAGUGGUCCUUUAAGUGAUACUAUUGAGUGUGAUAUCACAAAGGUGUAGGGUUAGCAAAGUUAUACCUCAUUUUGUCUAAAUAUGUUUAGAUACAUUUUGUAUGCUACACAUCAUAAUAAUACAAAUAUUUGUAUAUAUCAAAAUAUUUUUUAAAACCAUGGAAAAUAAAAAUCUAUAUUGUUUUGUAUGAAAUAUUAAGGCAACAUCAAUAAAAUAUCUUUUGUGUUUAAAGGAAGGGGUUGUGUUUGCCCUAAAAGGGGACACUGGGCACGAGCACAACCUAAAUGCAAUUUAUGGAGUUUUUCUUUGUAACCCUGCUGUAACAUUCUCCCUUCUUAAAUCUCUUUAGUUUUUGAAUAAAAAAGGAAAAAGGUAUUGCAACGUUUGUUUAAAGGGGACAUUCUGGGUACCAGUACAACCUGAUCUCUAAGUACGGACUCGUGCACAGAGAGCAAUGUGAACUGAGCUCCUGAAAAACAAGGACCUUGCAGGACAAGAAGAGACAGCCCAAGGACACACAUUAUGACUCGUGAGUGUAUGACAGACAAUUAAUUCCUGUGUGUCUGCCCAUGUAAUGCCCACAGUAGUCCUAUACCCCUGUUAAUGUGGGCCUGUUGCCACAAUUUGCCCAUUCCUUUUUAGAAUGACGAGGGGACUCGCACAGAUCUUUUUCUCCUGAACAGCUGUUCCACAGCCCACUGUGAGGUUCAUUUAAGUUCUCACCUGCUUCCUGAGAUGUUGUUUAUGGGAUUAUGAGAUGUACAGGGAGGGCAGAGUCUCCUCGUAGCUUCUCACUGUAAAACAACUUAUUUGCCACUUUUGAAAUUGGAAGGGGGCUGUGAAGGACCUGCCAAAAUAAAUGCUUUACCCUGAAUGUAACUAGGAUUUCCUUUAUGGACUUAGCAAUACUCGUAGUACUGAUUGCAAACUGAAUGACAGAGAAGCAUUAUAUUGCUGAUCUGUCUCUACAUCCAUAUUAAUGACCAGCAUAUUAGCUUGUUAUCAGUACUAUAAAUUGUAUUGACUGCAUGAAUGAAAUGGCUAUCUGGGCCCCUACUGGCCUGCCAAUAUCGUCCCAGUGAAGUAAGAUAGUAAAUAAUGUUACUUUGAGGGCAGUAUGAGGGGGUUACAAUUGCCAUCUCUGACAAAAAAACAGGUAUUCAGAUAACAAAAAACAAGCUAUUAAUACAUAAACAGAAUACGCACAAAAGUAAUUUAAAAGGGGUCAUUAUAUUUAGUACCUGUUUAUUCACUAAAGUGGCAGUUAAUGAUAAUUGCAAAUUUUAGAAGUCAGUAGCUAAAUCGAAACAAUUCAGCAACUUUUCGACUUUUGCUUUUAUGGUUUUAUUGACUUGCACAAUUUCAAGUUUAGUGAAUAAGCCUUUUAGAAGUUAACAUUUUAAAAUUGCUCAGGUAUUUUAGACACAAGUGGGUUAAAAGCUUGCACUCUUAACCCUUUAAGGACACAUGACGGAAAUAUUCCGUCACAAUUCCCUUUUAUUCCAGAAGGGGUUAAUCUACUUAGCCAAGGGUUAGAGUGAUGUCUUCCCAAAUGUUUUGAAACUACAUCUUUCAAGAAUUCUUGACGGUGGUAGGUUUGCAGAGAAUUAUGGGAUUAGUGGACUUAAGGGAAUACUCCAAGCACCAUAAACACUAGCAUGCACUUAUGUGAGUAUGUGGCCAGAAGUGCACUGAUAUAUACCUUUUCCAAAGUAGUAUGGUUUGAAAUUUUACCUGGGGUAGGUUGGCUCCACUGCCUGUUUCAUCUAAGCUUUCAAGGGAACUGGAAGCUUGUGCUUAGGAGUUACAUCUAGCUCGUCUGAUCAUCAGAGCAUCAGCUGAUUGCUCUCAGUCAAUGAGCUAAACUCUGCCAGGUUUAGCUAAGUCAGAGAGCUUCCGGACCACCUGUAGCUGUGGUGGACGCGAGGAACAGCACCUGGUAGUCCCAGGAAACCGUUCUAAAAUGGUUUGACUACUUACAAUGAGGGACGUCAAGGUAGUUCUAGCACCAUAACCACUUGAGUGCACUGUAAGUUUUAUGGUGCUUGUGAGUUUCUUUAAGUUUUCAAUGUUGUAGGUUAAGAAAAGAACUAAUUCCAUAAUGUGUUGUAAAGCUAUGAGUUUGUUGUCAUGUUCCUAUUUUUCCAACUUAUUUUACCCUAAAAAUUCAAAUUCUCUUGCAUGUUCUCCACAAUUCCCGAGGAAUAAAGAAAUUGAAUUUUGAAAUAGAUGGCAAGGGGUCAUCUGAUCCAACGAUGGACAGUAACCUUUAACUCUGCCAUUCCGACUAUGUUUACCAUUUGAUCUGAUUCCUUCUAGUGCUUCUUUGACGUCAGCUUCAUUCCUGUGCUCUGUGAAAAAACAUAUGUAUCUCUCCUGUGUUUACUGUUAAUUUAAAUUAUACUUACGAUUUCCUACUAUUAAGCGAAAGCUAACGUGGUGAAUGUCAGAUAUGGCCCCUAUGACAUCACAUGACUUUGUUACUAAAUUAUUGAAUAUGUUCUCAGUAUAUAUAAUGACCAAUUUGCACAGAUCAUUGUUUGUCAUUUGGAUAACAUUGGGACACACAAACACAAUCAUUUUAAAUCAAUUAAACCCCCUCAGAUUAGAAAUUCAUUGGAAUAACUUUCCCCAGGCUUUCCUAGUAUAGUCUCUCCAACUGUUAUCUAUGAAAACAGCAAUGUCAAGCUUGUAUUGUCUCUAAAUAAUCCCCCCCCAGCGAGAGGGCUGGACUACAGAGCUGCCACCUAUGGCUUCUGUAAAAAGAUCAAUAUCUAAAUAGUGCUAGAAUGCAAGUGUGAGGUCAUUACUGUAAAACAAGACAGGAGCUUGAGACAGUAAGAACAGUUGUUUAUAUGUAAAUUACCAUAUAUACUCGAGUAUAAGUCGACCCGAACAUAAGUCGAGACCCCUAAUUUUACCCCAAAAAACUGGGAAAACAUAUUGACUCGAGUAUAAGACUAGG